AUGGACGAUAAGAAAAAAAAACAAAGACGUGUUUCGUUUGCUUCAGAAGCUCCCGAACAAAAUGUGUAUGAGAAAGAAGUGACAAUUAAUUCUUUUACUACUGAUGAUGUUACGGCAGAUUUCACUUGUGAACAAACAAAAAUAGGAAAAUCAUUUUAUGAAAUUGCUAAAGAAGAAGACAAAGAAAAUGAUUCGUUAAUGUCAAACAAUACAGCAGUAUUUGGAGAACUUGUUGACACACAGUACAUUCGUACUAUAGUACCAGAACAAAAAAAGGUCCAAGUUAAUAUCAAUGAAUUACUUAUGGAACAUGGAAUUCGUUUUUUAGAUGAUAUUGUCAUUUCUUCUACACGUAGAGAAACCCUUAGUAAGUCAAAAAAAGAAGUUGAUCCUAGAAACAUUGUUUACUACAAGCAUUUUUUAAGUCAUAGGAUUAAAUUUUUUGAGGACUUUAGUGAUGAUUUAAAAACGGAAUUAAUUAAAUUAAGUGAUGAAUUGAAGAAAGUUGAAAUGAAUUUUGACAUAAAAAAUACGUUGCUUGAGAAAGAAGAUAAAUCAAAACUUCGUAGCUUAAAAACGGAUUGUAGAAAUCGUUCUACUGUGAGUUGGUAUGAAUUGCGUGCUAAAAAAGAACUGGACUUUAACGAUUUUAUUAUAAAAGUAAAGAGUGAAUUGAUUUCUGAAUUUAAUGAAAAAGAAAAUGCUUUACUACAAAUAAGAAGUCAGAAGCAAGAGCUUGAGGAAGAGUUAAAAAGUGUAGAAGAAAAACUGCAGAAUAUUAAUUUACAAGAUAUAAAUAAUAUUACAACACAAAGCCUCGAUAAAUUACGACGUGAUAUUUUAAGUCACGAACAGGUUUUAGAAGAAUAUUCUACAGAGCACGAAAAAUUACGAAUUGAUGUCAAUAAUAAGUUAAUUAGUGACAAAAACAAUGAAACUAAAUAUUUAAAAAUAAAAAAUGAAAUAGAUGAAUUAGAAAAACAAUUUAAAGCGGUGAAUGUAAAUGAAAAUGAUUUAAACGAUGCGAAAUUUGAAUACGAAAAAAUAACAGCUAUUUUUGGAUUAGAAAUUUUAGAAUAUAAACAGAAUUAUUGUGUUUUUAAAUUUUUAAAUUUUAAGCUUUCACUUGAUAGGAAUUUUAGUACAAACAUAGGGGAUGUUUAUAAGUUGCUUAAUAUUCAAUAUUCUGGUAUAAAAAGCAUUAUUCAUGAAUAUGGUGUUAUUAUUACAAAACAGAAAACUGAAAUACAACUAUUAGAUACAAUGAGAUUUUUAUUUACACUCUAUGAAUUGUAUAAAGAAGUUUUACUUUUAUCAAUAAAUAAUUCUAUAGAUGUUUUUAUUGAAAAAGAUGAAUUGUAUAUUUUAAUAGUAGUAAAUAACAUUCAUAAGCUUGAAAGGUACAAAAUAAAAUCGAAAGUUAAACCAACACUAGAAAUCUUGAUAGAGACGCGAGGAGAAUCAUAUUUAUAUAAUUUAUAUGAAGAUAAGGGAUGUAUUUUAGGUCACAUAGAAUAA